UUUUAUUUUGGUUUAUGAGGAAAGACCAACAUGCUUAAGGUUGUGGUUUGUGGUGUAGUUUACAUUAACAGGAGGAAUUAAAGUUCAGCAGUAACUUAGUAACUCAGUAAGUUUUUCCAUGAAGGAGAAGGUGACCAUGAAGGUCUUAUUGCAGGUCCUCCAAAGUCGUUUGGGGUUAACGUCUACGUUACAGUGAAGAUCCUGGGCAUCAUAAUGCUCUACAGUACACUCUUCAUCUUUGAGGGGUGCUUUAGAUGGAGAUGCUGCCACAAACCAGUGAAGUUCAGAUGCAGAUGAUGAGGGUCACUGCAGUCGUGUCUGUGAAUGUGCUGACAGCCAACAUGUUACUGAGUGUCUUCUUUGUUUCAGGUGUUUUGGCUGCUUGUCCUAAGCCAGCACACCUCCUCAUUACUGCACCAAAGAAGAUGGAAGCACUGAGUGGAUCUUGUUUGCAAAUCCCAUGUAACUUUACAUUUCGAUCAGAACAAGAGUUUGACAGCAGGAGAGAAACCUUUGGAGUGUGGAUUAAAAGUAACCCAGAUUUUGGCAGCACACCAGGCAAUGUGAUCUUCAACAGCAGUGGGACAGUUAACACCUAUCCAAUGAGGAUUACUGGAAACCUGAGUGAGAAAGACUGCACCACUCUGUUUUCCAGUUUAUUAACAAGGUACACAGACACGUACUACUUCAGAGCUGAGAAUCAACCAGUCGUGGCGACAGCUUCCUGUGAUCCUGUUCAAAUAAGAGUUCAAGAUUCUCCUCCGAGGCCCAGAAUUGACAUCUCAGGUGAGAUCUCAGGUGAUCUGAAGGAGGAGCAGUCUGUCACUAUAACCUGCUCAGCUGUCACUCCCUGUCCACACUCCCCUCCUCAACUCACCUGGAGUCUCCAACAAGACGCUCGCAACAACAUGGAGGAAAACGCAGAUGGAACCUUUACAACUAAAAUCCAGGAGACCAUCACUCUGUCAGACCAACAUGAUGGAAACAACAUCACCUGUUCUGCCACAUAUCCUGUGAAUGAAGGAAAAGAUGUCAGGACGGCCCAGGAGACAAAGAUUCUCAGUGUGUCAUAUGCUCCCAAGGACACCUCAGUGUCCAUCAGUCCAUCAGGUUUGGUGUCAGCAGGUAGCUGGGUGAACCUGACCUGCUCCAGCAGAGCCAAGCCUCCUGUCAGCUUCAGCUGGUUCAGGAUCAGCAAAGAUGGACCCACGUUGGUAUCUGAAGGACACUUUUACAGCUUUAACGUGACAGAAGGAGGAGUUUGUUACUGCGUGGCCACAAAUGAGCUUGGCAAUCACUCAUCAACAAUCCGUAUUGAUAUUGAAGAGAACUCUUACAUCUUUGUACAACUGGGUCUCGGAGGGCUCACCUUCAUCAUACUCAUCCUUCUUGCAGUUUGUCUUUGGUGGUUUCGGUCCAAACAUCAAACUCCACAGCAGACACAGAGCCAACGAGGUGAGGGGCUCGCUCUGCAAAUGCCAUCUAACAAUCCAGAGGAAAACAUCCAUUAUGGAGAGAUCAGCUUUUCCAAGCAGAGGCCUGGACUGUCCUCUGACUCAGCGGAGGACAGUGGACGGGAGGAGGACACGCUGUAUGCACAGGUCAAACUGCCCCUCCAGCAGACUGCUAGCGAACUAGAGGAUCUGUACUCUCAAGUGAAGAAAAAAUGAGUUCUGCUUUGUGACCACAGUGGAAUUGGGUUCAUUGUGUAACUUUAUUUUUCACUUUUCAGUUAAUGUAGAACAAGACUGUAACCUUGACAGGAAAGUCUUCACCGCUUACAACCCAUCGCUCAGACACUUUGGUCAUCAGUCACAUCAUCAGCUCAUGUUUAUUCUCAGACUGCUGUUCCUGUGUCACUGAUAAUCUGCAUGUCAGAUGCAUGUGUGAGUUUCAAAGUCCUAAAUAUACACAAACACAUUACCAGCACACUGUAGUACACCGCAGUUAUUACACACUUUGAAAACACUUCCUGUGUUCUUAUGUUUUCAUUUGUAUUUGAAUUGCUUCAAGAAUAAAUAUGAGACGGUUUCUGCAUUUUGAGAUAUUUAUUCAUUGCACUGAAAUAAAAACCUCAGCAUACGUCUUCUAAAAAUACCUAAUAAUCUCAGUCACAUUUAUUGGUCCAACAUUUCACAUAUUGUGCGUAAACAUCACCUGAAAUCAUACGAUUUAAUCACAAUCAUAACAACAAAAAUGCGUGAAUGAAUGAUG